AUGUCGCCUUGGUCCGCGGCGCGGGCGGCACUGCGCGUCUACGCGGCGGGCGCGGCGGUGAUCCUGGCGCAGCUGCUACGCCGCCUCCUCGGCGGCUUCGCGGAACCAGUCUGUGCCCGGCAACCGGGCCGCGUUGCCAUAGUGACCGGAGGGACGGAGGGCAUUGGCCUGGCGACCUGCCGGCGCCUGGCGCUGCUCGGCAUGCGUGUGAUCAUCGCCGGAAACGAUGUCACCAAAGGCCACCAGGCUGAGAGGAGUCUCCGAGCGGAGACCGGGAACCCGGAAGUGGAGUUCUCCUACUGUGACCUGGCCUCCAUGCGGUCCAUCCGCGAAUUCGUCCUCAAGUUCAAGGAGAGGAACCUGCCUGUCCACGUGCUGGUCAACAACGCCGGCGUGAUGAUGGUGCCCGAGCGGCAGGAGACGGCGGACGGGUUCGAGCAGCACUUCGGGGUGAACUACCUGGGCCACUUCCUGCUCACCCUCCUGCUGCUGGACACUCUGGAGCGCUCAGGCCGGCCGGGCGCCCACGCCCGCGUGGUCUCCGUGUCCUCGGCCACCCACUACGUCGGCGAGCUCGCCCUGGACGACCUGCAGAGCAGAAACGGCUACUCCCCGCACGCCGCCUACGCCCAGAGCAAGCUGGCCCUGGUCCUCUUCACCUACCACCUGCAGGCCCUGCUGGACGCCCGGGGCAGCCCCGUGUCGGCCCUGGUUGCGGAUCCAGGCGUGGUGGACACCGCCCUCUACAGGCACGUCUUCUGGGGCACCCGGCUGGUGCAGAAGCUCCUGGGCCGCUGGCUGUUCAAGACCCCGGAUGAGGGCGCCCGGACCUCGGUCUUCGCCGCGCUGGCCCCGGAGCUGGAGGGCGCGGGCGGCCGGUACCUGUACGGCGUCCGGGAGGCGCGCUCGCUGGCCCUCACCUACGACCGGCAGCUGCAGCGGGCGCUCUGGGCCCAGAGCUGCCGGCUGGCGCGGGUCCGAGACCCGGCCACGGACUCCAUCCCCGAGUAG